GUCGGAAAGAAAAUAUCUCGAUUGCGGCAAGAAAAUGAAUAUUUAAAAAAGAAGAUUGAUAAAUAUGAUGAAUGUUAUGAUAAGUCCCAGGUUCAAAAUUAUCAAGAAAAAAAAGAAAUCCGUGAAUAUCAUGAAAAAACAAGCAAUAAGAAAGAAUAA